GGAUCCCCCUGUCCAGUGGACGGAUUACAAAGAGACGCCUCGUCUCCGGAUCUUAUAAACUGCUCCAGGAUUCGAUUCUCCCUCCGCGGCAGUGGGAACAGACUCGGGGUGAAAUCGCGCCGUGGCCGUGGAAGCGAUGCGGUCCAUUCUCUCAACAGUGGCUUUCCUAGGUUUCCAGGCAUUGUGGGUUGUCUGCAGUCCAUUACAGGUGUUUGCGGUAGACGGUGUGAACUUCAGUGUGCACGUGGAGAAUCAGACGCGGGUUCGAGACGCGAUGAGCCGGCGGCAGCACAGGGUGUACCAGCUGUACAGCAGGACCAGCGGGAAGCACAUCCAGGUGAUGGGCCGGAGGAUCAGCGCACGCGGCGACGACGGCGACAAAUAUGCCCAGCUUGUAGUGGAGGCGGACACGUUUGGCAGCCAGGUGAGAAUCCGUGGCAAAGAGACCAACUACUACCUGUGCAUGAACCGGCGGGGGAAGCUGGUGGGAAAGAAGGCCAGCAAUCGCAGCGCGGACUGCGUGUUCGUGGAGAAGGUUCUGGAGAACCACUACACGGCGCUGAUGUCGGCGCGGUACGAGGGCUGGUACGUGGGCUUCACCAAGAGGGGGCGCCCUCGCCGAGGACCCCACACCCUGCCCAACCAGCAGGACGUCCACUUCAUGAAGCGCCUCCCCCCGGGGGAGCAGCCCCUCAGCCAGCCCUUCCGAUUCACCACCGUCAGCAAGAGGAGCAAGAGGGUGAGAGCAGCCCGACCCCACUGAGCCCCCAGAGACGCUAACGCUAACGCACCUACAGUAUACACUCAUACACACACAGAGA